UACGACGUAGAUUGCUCCAGAAAAUGCGGUCCCAAUGCUGUUUGGAAGAAGAGACGAAGAGGCAGAGGAGGCAAAUGUCGAUGCAAGAGAGGUUAUCGUGGAAAUCCAAAGAAGGGAGGAUGUACUGCUUCUUGUGUAUGCCGAGCUUCUGGAGACCCACACUAUUCUACAUAUGACGGUCAGAAAAUCCACUUCAUGGGCACUUGCAAGUACACGCUGACAAGAACAUUGGGAAAGCAACCCUGUGCCUUUAACAUCAUGGUGUACAACGAAAGACGAAACAACAAGAAAUCAGUGUCCUAUACCAAACAAGUGGAUGUGGAAAUUGGCAACAACAGAGUUUCACUAUUCAAAGGCAAGAUAUCCCAGGUCAAUGAAAGAAAUGUAAACAUCACACAAAUGCCCUUUGAAAAAGAUGGCAUUUUGUUGACGACUGUAGGGCGCCGUUUCGUCAAACUUCAAUCACCAUCUUGUGGAUUGACCGUGCUUUGGGAUGGCAAGCAUUCUGUGGAAGUUUCUGCCGACAAGGGUAAGUACGGCGGCAAAAUGACUGGAAUCUGUGGGGACUGCAAUGGAAAGAGAGAUGACUUCCGCUUGGCCAAUGGAACAAAUGUAUCACGAUUGCCAGCAAAGGAAAAGUACAGAGAAAUCGGAGAUAGUUAUCGCGUGACAGAUGCAAAGAGUCCUAUAUCUGCAUGUGGUCCUACACCGGCAUUUUCAAGUUGCACUCCGGAACAGACAAAGAGAUUCAGUUCCAAUGAAGCUUGUGGAUUGAUGGAGAGUACAUCCGACGAAAAUCCAUUCAAGGAAUGCGUCAAAUGGAUGAAAACGACUAAAGAUGCGGACGGAAACAGUCCAUUUUCUUCUUGUCUUAUUGAUGCAUGCAACAACGACGGAGCGAAGUUGAAGACAGUGACCUGCCCCGCGCUGGAGGAAUUCGAAGAAAUAUGUGUAGAGAAUGGCUAUGCCCCACCAGAGGAUAAUAUCUGGCGAAACAUCACUUCCUGUUCAUUGACAGAGGUUGAAAAAUGCCAUAAAAAUGAGGAGUACGUAGAAGAUGGAAGUGGAUGUCCCAACACAUGCCUGUCCCCAAAGGCGGAAGAAACCUGUUCUGAUCCUGAUGUUGCAGGGUGUCAGUGUAAGAAAGGUUUUGUGAGAGAUGGAGAUAUCUGCAUACCUGUCAGUCAAUGUGGAUGCACUCUACUGAAGAAACGCGUUCCUGUAAAUUCGAGCAUACUUUCAGUAGACUGCAAACAGAGAAUUUCAUGCACUCUGAGGAACGGUGUUCCAAAAGUUAUAGAAGAACCAGCAAAGUGUAGAACUGACGAAAUAUGUCUGAAUCUAAAAGGAAGAGGGGAAUGUAAAAAAGCCCCAGCCAUCGUCGCUGAAGCACCCAUUCCUCCUCCUAAAGCUAGCUCACCUGAAACUGGCCGUAAAUGUAAAAAAGAGAAAAAGGUUGUGAGAUGUGCAAGCCGUAGAUUACAACUCAGUAGUGGUCGACAGAAGGAGAUCAAGAAGCUUUGUAGACUGGGGAAUACCAGAGAAAUUGAAGACGUCAGAGUCCAACUGGUCAAGCAAGAUAAAGUGUCUAAACCUUGCAUCAACAAAAAGUCGUUUCGCUUACUCAAGAGGAAAGGGAGAUGGCAUUUGGAAGUUCGCAAUGGUUGUCGAGGGAAAUUCAAGAUCCGAUAUCGCAGGAAAAUUUACGACGUAGAUUGCUCCAGAAAAUGCGGUCCCAAUGCUGUUUGGAAGAAGAGACGAAGAGGCAGAGGAGGCAAAUGUCGAUGCAAGAGAGGUUAUCGUGGAAAUCCAAAGAAGGGAGGAUGUACUGCUUCUUGUGUAUGCCGAGCUUCUGGAGACCCACACUAUUCUACAUAUGACGGUCAGAAAAUCCACUUCAUGGGCACUUGCAAGUACACGCUGACAAGAACAUUGGGAAAGCAACCCUGUGCCUUUAACAUCAUGGUGUACAACGAAAGACGAAACAACAAGAAAUCAGUGUCCUAUACCAAACAAGUGGAUGUGGAAAUUGGCAACAACAGAGUUUCACUAUUCAAAGGCAAGAUAUCCCAGGUCAAUGAAAGAAAUGUAAACAUCACACAAAUGCCCUUUGAAAAAGAUGGCAUUUUGUUGACGACUGUAGGGCGCCGUUUCGUCAAACUUCAAUCACCAUCUUGUGGAUUGACCGUGCUUUGGGAUGGCAAGCAUUCUGUGGAAGUUUCUGCCGACAAGGGUAAGUACGGCGGCAAAAUGACUGGAAUCUGUGGGGACUGCAAUGGAAAGAGAGAUGACUUCCGCUUGGCCAAUGGAACAAAUGUAUCACGAUUGCCAGCAAAGGAAAAGUACAGAGAAAUCGGAGAUAGUUAUCGCGUGACAGAUGCAAAGAGUCCUAUAUCUGCAUGUGGUCCUACACCGGCAUUUUCAAGUUGCACUCCGGAACAGACAAAGAGAUUCAGUUCCAAUGAAGCUUGUGGAUUGAUGGAGAGUACAUCCGACGAAAAUCCAUUCAAGGAAUGCGUCAAAUGGAUAAAAACGACUAAAGAUGCGGACGGAAACAGUCCAUUUUCUUCUUGUCUUAUUGAUGCAUGCAACAACGACGGAGCGAAGUUGAAGACAGUGACCUGCCCCGCGCUGGAGGAAUUCGAAGAAAUAUGUGUAGAGAAUGGCUAUGCCCCACCAGAGGAUAAUAUCUGGCGAAACAUCACUUCCUGUUCAUUGACAGAGGUUGAAAAAUGCCAUAAAAAUGAGGAGUACGUAGAAGAUGGAAGUGGAUGUCCCAACACAUGCCUGUCCCCAAAGGCGGAAGAAACCUGUUCUGAUCCUGAUGUUGCAGGGUGUCAGUGUAAGAAAGGUUUUGUGAGAGAUGGAGAUAUCUGCAUACCUGUCAGUCAAUGUGGAUGCACUCUACUGAAGAAACGCGUUCCUGUAAAUUCGAGCAUACUUUCAGUAGACUGCAAACAGAGAAUUUCAUGCACUCUGAGGAACGGUGUUCCAAAAGUUAUAGAAGAACCAGCAAAGUGUAGAACUGACGAAAUAUGUUUGAAUCUAAAAGGAAGAGGGGAAUGUAAAAAAGCCCCAGCCAUCGUCGCUGAAGCACCCAUUCCUCCUCCUAAAGCUAGCUCACCUGAAACUGGCCGUAAAUGUAAAAAAGAGAAAAAGGUUGUGAGAUGUGCAAGCCGUAGAUUACAACUCAGUAGUGGUCGACAGAAGGAGAUCAAGAAGCUUUGUAGACUGGGGAAUACCAGAGAAAUUGAAGACGUCAGAGUCCAACUGGUCAAGCAAGAUAAAGUGUCUAAACCUUGCAUCAACAAAAAGUCGUUUCGCUUACUCAAGAGGAAAGGGAGAUGGCAUUUGGAAGUUCGCAAUGGUUGUCGAGGGAAAUUCAAGAUCCGAUAUCGCAGGAAAAUUUACGACGUAGAUUGCUCCAGAAAAUGCGGUCCCAAUGCUGUUUGGAAGAAGAGACGAAGAGGCAGAGGAGGCAAAUGUCGAUGCAAGAGAGGUUAUCGUGGAAAUCCAAAGAAGGGAGGAUGUACUGCUUCUUGUGUAUGCCGAGCUUCUGGAGACCCACACUAUUCUACAUAUGACGGUCAGAAAAUCCACUUCAUGGGCACUUGCAAGUACACGCUGACAAGAACAUUGGGAAAGCAACCCUGUGCCUUUAACAUCAUGGUGUACAACGAAAGACGAAACAACAAGAAAUCAGUGUCCUAUACCAAACAAGUGGAUGUGGAAAUUGGCAACAACAGAGUUUCACUAUUCAAAGGCAAGAUAUCCCAGGUCAAUGAAAGAAAUGUAAACAUCACACAAAUGCCCUUUGAAAAAGAUGGCAUUUUGUUGACGACUGUAGGGCGCCGUUUCGUCAAACUUCAAUCACCAUCUUGUGGAUUGACCGUGCUUUGGGAUGGCAAGCAUUCUGUGGAAGUUUCUGCCGACAAGGGUAAGUACGGCGGCAAAAUGACUGGAAUCUGUGGGGACUGCAAUGGAAAGAGAGAUGACUUCCGCUUGGCCAAUGGAACAAAUGUAUCACGAUUGCCAGCAAAGGAAAAGUACAGAGAAAUCGGAGAUAGUUAUCGCGUGACAGAUGCAAAGAGUCCUAUAUCUGCAUGUGGUCCUACACCGGCAUUUUCAAGUUGCACUCCGGAACAGACAAAGAGAUUCAGUUCCAAUGAAGCUUGUGGAUUGAUGGAGAGUACAUCCGACGAAAAUCCAUUCAAGGAAUGCGUCAAAUGGAUGAAAACGACUAAAGAUGCGGACGGAAACAGUCCAUUUUCUUCUUGUCUUAUUGAUGCAUGCAACAACGACGGAGCGAAGUUGAAGACAGUGACCUGCCCCGCGCUGGAGGAAUUCGAAGAAAUAUGUGUAGAGAAUGGCUAUGCCCCACCAGAGGAUAAUAUCUGGCGAAACAUCACUUCCUGUUCAUUGACAGAGGUUGAAAAAUGCCAUAAAAAUGAGGAGUACGUAGAAGAUGGAAGUGGAUGUCCCAACACAUGCCUGUCCCCAAAGGCGGAAGAAACCUGUUCUGAUCCUGAUGUUGCAGGGUGUCAGUGUAAGAAAGGUUUUGUGAGAGAUGGAGAUAUCUGCAUACCUGUCAGUCAAUGUGGAUGCACUCUACUGAAGAAACGCGUUCCUGUAAAUUCGAGCAUACUUUCUGUAGACUGCAAACAGAGAAUUUCAUGCACUCUGAGGAACGGUGUUCCAAAAGUUAUAGAAGAACCAGCAAAGUGUAGAACUGACGAAAUAUGUCUGAAUCUAAAAGGAAGAGGGGAAUGUAAAAAAGCUCCAUCUGUUGCUACCAAAGCACCCAUUUCACCUCCAAAAGCUUACUCACCUGAAACUGAACGUAAAUGUAAAGAGGAGAGAAAAGUAAUUCGGUGUGCAAGCCGUACUUUGCAGCUCAGAAGUGGACGAGAGAAAGAUAUCAAGAAACUUUGCAGACUGGGAAUCACCAGAAAAGUCGAAGACUUAGGAGUCCAAUUGGUCAAACAAGACAAAGUGUCUAAACCUUGUAUCAACAAGAAGUCAUUCCGCUUACUCCGGAGGAAAGGGAAAUGGCAUUUGGAAGUUCGCAAUGGUUGUCAAGGGAAAUUCAAGAUCCGAUAUCGAAAGAAAAACUGUAACAGAAAGUGUGGACCCAAUGCAAUAUGGAGAAAAAAUCGAAGAGGUAGAGGAGGCAAGUGUCGAUGCAAGAGAGGCUAUCGUGGAAAUCCAAAGAAGGGAGGAUGUACUGCUUCCUGUUUGUGUCGAGCUUCCGGAGACCCGCACUAUUCAACAUUCGAUGGACAGAAAAUCCAUUUCAUGGGCACAUGCAAGUACACACUAACAAAAACGCUUGGUAAACAACUAUGUGCCUUCAACGUGAUGGUGUACAAUGAGAGACGGUACAAUAAGAAAUCUGUCUCCUAUACCAAGCAGGUCAAUGGAAGAGAUAUAAACGUUAGUAAAAUGCCCUUUGAAAAAGAUGGCAUUUUACUUACGACGAUAGGGCGCCGUUUCGUGAAACUCCAGUCAAAGUCUUGUGGAUUGACGGUGCUUUGGGAUGGCAAGCAUUCUGUGGAGGUGACAGCCGACAAGAGAAGUUACGGUGGCAGGAUGACUGGUAUCUGUGGAGACUGCAAUGGAAAGAGGGAUGACUUCCGUUUGGCCAAUGGUACCAAUGUAUCACGAUUGCCAGCAAAAGACAAGUACAUAGAAAUCGGAGAUAGUUACCGUGUGACAGAUGCUCAGAGUCCUUUAUCUGUGUGCGGUCCCACGCCGGAAUUUUUAAGUUGCACUCCUGAGCAAAGUAAGAGGCUUAGCUCUCAAGAAAAUUGUGGACUGAUGGCGAGCACGUCCAUCGAAAACCCAUUCAAAGUAUGCGUAGAGUGGAUGAAGAAAACAGUGGAAGCGGACGGAAAUAGCCCCUUUUCUUCCUGUCUCAUUGAUGCCUGCAAUAACGACGGCACUCGACUGAAGAGCGUGACUUGCCCUGCACUAGAAGAAUUCGAAGAAGUAUGUGUAGAGAACGGUUAUCCUCCACCAGAACAGAAUAAUUGGAGAAAUAUAACCUCUUGUCCAUUAACAGAACCCGAAAAAUGCAAAGAUAAUGAGGUGUAUUUGGAGGAUGGAAGUGGUUGUCCCAACACUUGCCUGUCCCCAAAAGCGGAAGAAACCUGUUCUGAUCGUGAUAUUGCAGGGUGUCAGUGUAAGAAAGGUUUUGUGAGAGAUGGAGAUUUUUGCAUUCCUAUUAGUCAAUGUGGAUGUGUCCUAUUUAAUAAACAUUUCCCGGUGAAAACAAGCAUACUCUCAAAGGAUUGCAAGGAAAGAAUAUUAUGCACUCUAAGAGACAAUGCCCCAACAAUUAUAAAAGAACCAGCAUCUUGUGGUGAUGAUGAAAUUUGUGUCAAUAUUAAGGGAAGAGGAGAGUGUAGAAAAGGUUAG